ACAGGGUAACAGAAACCGGGGCAGCUUUGUGCUUGUCUUUCAGCAUACAGAUUUAAUUAUCGAUCCAACAUUCAGGUAUCAGAAGAUACUAAUAUCUGUCCUUUAAAUCACAAUGGAAUGAACAUAUGACAAACGUGCCAAAAAGGCCCCCAAAACACAGGAUCUCAGACGACCUUUGUCUACACUCAGAAUCCAUAUGAUGUUGCAGACUCCACAUAAUUAGAAAAUGCCUAGCACCCCAAAUUACCUGUGGGAGUUGGAUGAUAUUUUAGGACAAGGUGCCACAGCAUGUGUAUACAAGGCACGGAAUAAGAAAUCGGGGGAAGUGGUGGCGGUAAAGGUGUUUAAUAACCUGAGUUAUCACAGGCCGCCAGAGGUCCAGAUGAGAGAGUUUGAGAUGCUGAGAAAGCUCAACCACACAAACAUCGUCAAGCUUUUCGCUGUAGAGCAAACUGGCAAUUCCCGGCAGAAGGUCCUAGUUAUGGAGUACUGCGCUAGUGGGAGUCUGCUGUCUGUCUUGGAGGAGCCAGAGAAUGCUUUUGGACUGUCGGAGUCAGAGUUUCACAUUGUGGUGGAGUGUGUCGUUGCAGGAAUGAACCACCUUCGUCAAAAUGGGGUAGUACACAGGGACAUCAAACCCGGGAACAUCAUGCGUGUGAUUGGGGAAGAUGGACGAAGCAUUUACAAACUGUCAGAUUUUGGUGCUGCCCGUGAGCUGGAUGAUGAUGAGAAGUUCGUAUCCAUUUAUGGGACUGAGGAGUAUUUGCAUCCUGAUAUGUAUGAGAGAGCAGUGUUAAGGAAACCACAACAGAAGGUGUAUGGGGUUACAGUUGACCUGUGGAGCAUUGGAGUAACCUUUUACCACGCAGCAUGUGGUAGGCUUCCAUUCAUCCCAUAUGGAGGAUCGCGGCGGAAUAAGGAGACCAUGUACAAAAUAACUACUGAGAAGCCAACGGGUGCAAUUGCAGGGGUACAGAAGAAAGAAAAUGGCCCUAUCGAGUGGACUUAUGACCUGCCUAUUAAUUGCCAGCUGUCUGUGGGGAUGAAGACCCAAUUAGAAGCCAUCCUUCCCAAUAUCCUUGAAGCUGACCAAGAGAAGUGCUGGGGCUUUGAUAGUUUUUUUGCAGAGACAAAUAAAAUUCUUGAGCGCAUAAACUUCCACGUCUUUUCCCUGCCACAAGCCACCAUGCAUAGAAUCUAUUUGCACCCUUACAGCACAAUGGCUAAUUUCAUGGAAGUGGUAGCCACGUACACAUUCAUGGCUCCAGAAAGACAGACUUAUUUUUAUGAAGGCCACCAUUACUUGAUUAAUCCAGCCUUGGAGGUCCGGGCCUUGCCCAAGACUACAGAGCAGUAUCCUCUUAUACUCAUUGGCAAUGAGUUGCAAACUCUCAAUGGAGUCUCCUUCAAAGACCCUUCUAGUGAUUAUCCCAGAUUCCUGCCUUCUGUAAAUGUAAUUGGUGACUACACAACUGCAAAGAAUGUCCUUAGUGCGGUUUAUCAGACAUUACGAGUGACACGAUUGCUUUUGAGAUGUCAAGAGUUUAUUCUCCGAGGGACAUACUGGCUCAUUGAGAGCAUAAAAGAACAAUGCCGGCGCAUCCUAGAUAAGAAUUCCUCAGUGGUAUCCAUCUUGAAGUGCCUGGUCAAUAUUAACAACAAGACUACACGACUGUGCAAUGUUAUUUACAAAGGAAAUUCUGAAGUUCUGGACAUGGAGGGGCAAGGAGAAAGUCUAUGGAAGAAGCAGUCUAUCCGCGAUAUCAUGUCCACUUGCUCACACAAUGCAGACAAGGAGAGAGUUCUGGGACUUUUGCUGCUAGAGGUAACGAAGGAACAAGAUCAGAUUCGGCAGGAUACAAGUAUCAAUAGAAUGGAACAUUGUCUGCAAAAAAUGCAGCAGAUAUUCAAGCAGUUCAAUAAAAGGAGGCAGCAGCCACAACUUACAUACAAUGAGGAACAAAUUCACAAACUGGAUAAAUUAAAUCUAGGCACCUUGGCCAAAAAGGUUCUCUUAAUUUUCCAAGAGGAGGUUGUGUUGAUAUAUCAGACAGCUCUGUCACAACAUGCCAUCAGGAUAAGAACGAUCUUUGAGAUUCAGAACCACUUCAGCCUAGUGAAUGGAUACACGGCAGACGGAAUCCGAGAUUUGCAGUGCUAUGAGGAAACUGUCAGCAAUACGUUGGAGAAAUUAUCUCAACAUUUUCAGCAAGUAGGUGUGGUGCACUCAAACCAUAGUCCCGUGAAUUCAUGCACCCAUGAAGUCAAAGAUGAUCUAGUGCUUAGGAUGUUGCAGCUCAGAGAUCAAAUGAAAACUGUGACUUAUGAAAUGGAGCAUAACAAUAGCAUUAUUGAUAGAUUGGGUGUUCCCUCCUCGUCUCAAGGCACCUGAACUUUGGACAGUAUUCUAAACCGUUUUAGAAACAUCGUGAAUGUGUAGAAGUUUGAUAAACUUUUUUUUACUUUUUUUUUCAUCAGAAAUAAUACAGUAAUAAGUAUGAAUUGUCCUGAUAUCUGAUUCCUCCCUCCUCUGCCCCCCCCUGUCUGAUGUCAAAAGACAAAGUCUCUUUUCUUAAUAAAAACAAAAAAAACUUUCCAAGGAUUUAAAAGAAAAAAUGAAAGCAGUAAAAGGAAAUGAGUAAAUGAUUAAAAAGCAAACAUUAUUUCCAGGGAGAUUACUUUACUUUACAAAGCACAGUUGAUUCAGUCUAAGUGUAAACAGAAACUGACAGUAUUAUGUCAGACAGUUGUCCAGACUUGCCUAUGUUGGCUUCUUAAUCGCAAGCAAGGUGUAGCAACAUUCUGGCAAAAAAAAUAAUACAAUUCUAAAUAUAUAAAAAAAAAAAAAAUUGUUGUAUUUUUCUUCAAUUGCUUGUAAAGUGAUUGGAUAAAUAAGCCUGAUUAAUGAUGACAAUAUAUGCAUUAUCUAACACAGAAAUAGGUCUUGAUUUGUUUGUGCACCAUAUAAAUCCAUAGAAAUAGAUAGGAUAUCUUCGCUAUCAGGUAGGAAGAGAAAUAGGUAGGUAGAUAUGUAACUGUUAUAAUAAUUGCCUUUUACAAAGCCAGACGUGAUUUCUGAAUCUUUUGUGAAUCAGGGUAGGUUUAAGAUGUAUUCGAGUAUUUGUCUUUUACAAAUCAAUCUAAAAGAACAUUUGUUCUAAAAUAAAUCACAAAAUGAAAACUUUUAUACAAUAAAGAUCUGCUAAGAAGGCAAAAUGGGAAAGGAGGGGGCAACAUAUGGAUGGAAAACUGUACAAUAAAUUAUUAUUUAUCUGUCAACACUGUGAUCAAAUAUACCUGUAUAAAAAUAAUUGUGCAAAGUAGACCAGAAAUAAUCACUAAAAUACAAAACGCAUAGAAAAAG